AUGACGGAGCCCCGGACGGGUAUAUGAGCAGUGUGUGGGGAAGGGAUUUAGCAGAGGCAGGAGGGAGGCGAGCGGUGGGAAGAGGGGAAGGCGCUGCCUGCCCGUGGCCACGGGGCUCACCAGCACCGACGGGCCACCGCGGACCCGGCGGCAGGGGCACGAUGAACAUCGAAGUGCACAACAUCACUUACACCAGUGCCACCGUCUCCUGGGCCAUGAACAACCCCUGUCCAGAGAACUACUACCAUGUCAUGUACCGCCCCAACUGGAACAGUGUCUUCGCCGGCUAUUUACGCCAAAACUUCCACCGUGAGGAGCGAGUUCCUCACCCCCUCAGCUCCCUCGUCCUCCACCAACUCACACCAUCCACCAUCUACGUCCUCUGCAUCACGUGCAAGAACUCUUACCCCUCCAGCAACCACUGCACCACGUUCCACACUCUGGACAAAACCCCUCUGGUUUUCGGUGGCUCUAAGCAUGAACCUACCACCUCCAUGUGGCUGGGGAGCAGCCUGCUGCUCCUCUGCUUCAUUGCUCUCCUGGCCUACGGCUGCCUGCAGUUCUGGUCUGCACGGUGCCACCGGGCUGCGAGGCUGAAGCAUCCAGACGCCAGCCCCGAAGAAGUGGGCGAAAGCAGCAGCUCGCCGGAGGGUCCACUGAAUGACGGACUGAGAGAGGAGCUUCUGGAAGUCCCCAUGACCACUGUGCUAAUGAGGAGCUCCAGUUUCAUGAGGGAGAGUCCAUAUAGGUCCCCCCACUGCUUUUUUUCCUAUAAAACCAGCGACGAUAAAAGGGCCGUCUUGCCGCAACACGGCCUUCAAUGA